UGUUGGGGCGGAGCCGGAGGUCUCCAGCCCAUUCGGAGAGACCACCCGCCUCAGGGCACAGCUGAGCAGUUGAGCGGAGCCCACCAGUCCAGGACUCCACCCCAGCCUUGGCGAUGACCCUGGCAGCCUCCUCUCAACGCUCCCAAAUCAUCCGUUCCAAGUUCCGCUCUGUCCUGCAGCUUCGGAUCCACAGACGGAAUCAAGACUCAAGGUCCUCCACUAUCUCUCCAGCCUGUGAUUCAGAUCCAUGGAUCUCAGCUUCAGGGCCAGCCUUGCCCUCCGUCCCUGCCUCUUUCCUCUUCAGUCCUGGCAUCUUGCCCCCUAAGCCAGCAUAUUGUCCUUGGAGGUCCCCCAAAAAGGAAUCUCCCAAGAGCUCCCAAUACUGGAGGGAACCCAAGUCCAGAGGGAACUUGACAUACCACCUGUACAUGCCCCCAGAGCAGAGACAAGGGCCUAGGGCAGAUCCCCAAACAGAGGGUUCAGCCCUGGGUCCCCUGGAGCCACCUUUGUGGGAUGGGAAGAACUCACAGCAACAUCUUCGGAUGAAGCCCUCCCCGCCAGGAGUCUCCAGCCCCUCGCCCCCCUCCCACAAGCUGGAACUUCAGACCCUCAAACUAGAAGAGCUGACGGUCUCAGAGCUUCGGCAGCAGCUGCGUCUCCGGGGCCUCCCGGUGUCAGGGACCAAGUCGAUGCUCUUGGAGCGCAUGCGCGGCGGCGUCCCACCCCGAGAGCGUCAGAAGCCCCGGCGCGAGGACAAAGAAGCUGGUGCUCCCUGGCCGCGGCUCAAGCCCAAGGCCCUGGGAACCGCCCGGAGGCCAGGCGUGGUGAAGGCAAGUUCGGCGUCUCGCAGGCUGCGCCUUCCCGGAGCUGCGGAUCCGCUGGGAACGGCUCCGGCUCCGGCUGUGGAUGCGGCUCCGGCUCCGGCUCCGGUUCCGGCUCUGGCUGCAGCUCUAACUCCCGCUCUCAUCCCUACCCCUUCUCCAGCGGGCCUCACGCUGGAGGAGGAGCUGCAGGAAGCCAUCCGCAGGGCUCAGCUGCUUCCAAACCGGGACAUUGAUGACAUCCUGGAAGACCAGUUGGAGUCUGAUGACCCGCUGCCACCCAUCCCCCUGGACUUUCCUGGCUCAUUCGACGUGCUGUCCCCCUCUCCGGACUCGGAAGGCCUCUCCUCCGUCUUCUCCUCUUCAAUGCCAUCCUCCACAAGCUCUCCGACCCCCUCUCCGAGGGCCCCGACAGAUUCCUUGGACUGGCUGGAGGCCUUGAGCGGGGGUCCACCGCUGGGCUCAGGGCCUCCGGGCCCUAGCAUUUUCUCUAUGGACUUAACUGACUCCAGCAGUAGCCGGCUCUGGGACCUGCUGCCGGAUCCAUGGUGAUGGACCCUAGGAUUCCCCAGGACCUGGGGCAGAGAGGUCCCUGCACCCCGCCGCUGCAACCCUCCCACCACACAUUAGCCAAGACGCACCCAUCCCCUCCUGACCCAACUGCUGCUGAUUUGCCAAGUGCCUACCUGGCCUCCUUGUAACCCCCCUCCCGGGCUGUAUGAUUGGGAAUGGGGAUUCAUUUGCUGCUGGCCAGUGCAAACAAGCUUGCUGCUUCCUUUGGAGACCUCCAGGUGUGUUUUGCCCCUCCCCCCAGACCCUGAGACGGUUGCCCAUCUUUGGGAAUAGGGAAAGUUCCAGGUUUUCAGGAGAGAGGAGAGGGGGAAGAGAGGCAGACCUCUGUGCUCCAAUUAGAGGUGAAAGGACCAGAAACAACCUCUCUGAGGUGGCUAUAAGCGCCCUACUGAAGAUGACCUUGGACUUCUGUUCCUCUUGCCUUCACCUUCUGAGUGCUAGAAUUACUGGUAUGCGCCACUAAGCCCUUUAUUUAUUCCCUUCUUUUCUUGUUUUUGCUGCUUCUGU